GACCGUGGGUUCAUCGCAAUUCACAAAAUAUUCAUUUCCUCAGCGUUGCUUCCAAACAAAAGACGGCGGGCUUUGUCAGUAUUCGGGGUUGGAAUCGAAUCCUAUUCCGGUGUUCUCACCCGGACGAGGAAAAGCAGUUGAAGAAACUUUGUUGUUGGAAAAAUCGAAAGAAAGAAAUUAGUAUUAUUUUUGAUUUGUGAUGUCGCUGAGAAUAAAAGCAGUGGUGGACAAGUUCGUGGAGGAACUGAAGGAGGCGCUGGAUGCUGACAUACGGGACCGGCUUAUGAAAGAGAGGGAGAUGCAGAGCUACAUCGAGGAACGCGAGCGCGAAGUCGCCGAGCGCGAGGCCGCCUGGAAAGCCGAGCUCUCACGCCGCGAGGCAGAGAUUGCCCGGCAAGAAGUAAGGCUUAAGAUGGAAAGAGAGAACCUUGAGAAAGAGAAAAGUGUACUUAUGGGCACAGCAUCAAGUCAGGAUAACCAAGAUGGAGCUCUGGAAAUUACAGUAAGUGGAGAGAAGUAUCGAUGCCUUCGCUUUUCUAAGGCAAAGAAGUGAAGAAUUGAAGUUGACAAAGUACGACCUGUAAUGCUUAGUUUGUUUAGUGAUUGUAUUGAAUUCAUGUCUUGUAUAUGAACAGAGAAUUCAUGAAAAAAAAAAUUGAUAUAGAACUUAGUUCUCCAAAAUUAUUUAAACUGAACUUUGCUUUUCUACAAUACUAACAUACUGUCCUUUUAUCUUCA